AUUUAAUUUUGAAAUUAGUCACUCCUCCGCUCUCUUCUUCACCCAAUAGGAAAGAAAGAGAAGAGAAGAGAAGAGGGAGCGUUACUUGUUGGAUCGAUAGAGAGAGAGAAGCUAACCCUUGGCCUGAAAAUGACGAAGCGGAAUCUCCGAUCGAAGGAGUCUACACUCGGCGAAGACGCCGAGCUACUCUUCCAGAAGAAGAUUCGAGAUCUGGAGUCCGUCAACGAAUCUCUCAAGCGUGAUGUGGAAGAGCUGAGGUCCAAGCUUGCUGAUGUUUCUGUCACUUCUUCUGGUCAGUCAAGUAGAGAUUUCUCCAACAAGUCUAUUGCUACAAAAGAGAAGGGUAUGAGCUCAAGGAGCAAGUCCAGUCCACGUUCUAUGUGCUCUACAAAGAAGCACAUAACUGAGAGUUGUGUAAAGCAGGUUGAUGGUGAAGUCCAAAAACUCAAGGCGCAAAAGGUUAAGUUGCAGUGCAAGAUCAAGCUAGACUCUAUGCAGUUCAGGCUAUCUAAAGCUUCCCUCGAAAAGGAAACUCUUCAGCUCAAGAAGGAGCUAAGGAAAAGCGAGUUUGAGAAACAUGUACUCUCAGCUUUGAACAGCCGCCAGAAGCUCAUUUUGCAGCUGAAGAAUACACAGGCUUUGACAGCCCUUAAGCGCUUGAAAUUGCUUCUGCAAUCCAAAAAGACCUUUUCCAAGAAAAAUAAUGGUCCACCAAAAGGAACGAGCUCUACAAAUCAGGUAUGGGAGUCUAGCAAUGAAGUUGGGCUGCUAUUGAAGUUGAACAAGAUUCACUCUGGUUACGAACGGCAAAUGAAAGAAAUAGCUGAAGAGGUAAAAAAGUUCAGCCUAGAGGCAAGUGUGUUGAAAGCAGAGUUCGAGGGAGAGCAAAAUUCAUUCUCUCCGUCAUGUGACAACGGAGUCAACCAGAGCCCUAUGGACUCGGAACUAAAGGAACUUAAAGAGGAAUUUAGCAAACUAAGUACUCUAGUCAGCCAGAUGGAAAUGGCUAAAUCUCAAUUCAGUCUAACAGAUAAAGUUCAGACCGUACCAGCUGAAUACUCUAUCCCCAGUAAGGAUAACGAAGAAUCAAACUUAGUACUUUCUCAGCAGAAAACUUCCGAGGGAACAAUCUAUGGUACCAGUGAUGAAUCAAACUUAAUACUCUCUCAGGAGAGAAGUUCAGUCUAUGGUACCAGUGAUGAAUCAAGCAUAGAGCCAUCUCAAGUGAAAGAGACUGGGGAAACGCUCUCGUCUGAGGAAGCGCAUUGCAAAAAGGAGCCGAGGAAAGCUGACAUGUGUUGCUCUUGCACCAAGAAAUCUCUGUGCAAGACGAAAAACUGCAAAUGCAGAGCAAACGGAAGUGGGUGCGGUAUCUCUUGUGGCUGCAUAGCUUCCAAAUGUAGCAACAGAGGAGAAAGCGUAAGAUCUGACAAAGCAGUGCAAGCAGUGGUAGAUGGUAAGAAGCCCGUUGACGACAAAAAAGAUGCAAACAAACAACCAUUGCGUGAUAUAGGGAAUAUACAAGAAGCUGGAAAAGUUGGCAAGUUGAGAAAAGUGCAGAAGGCAGUUGCUAAGAAGUAAUCAAAAUGACAAAUAAAGAGAAAGCUACAAGACCUCAGAGAUGUGAGAAUUAUACAAUGUUAAGAUUGCCAGCAGCUUGAUUGGUUUUGUUUUGGUUGACUAUCUAUAAAUUCUUCAGAACUAUCUUAUAGUAGUUCUACAUUUGGAUCUU